AUGGAGAACAAGACAGGCCAAGUUCCUGCUUUCAUGGGGUUUAUUUUCCCGGGGGAGACAGACAAUAUUGAAGUAAACCAAUACAAGUAUAAUGCAUGCUUAGAUCAUUCUCAGCCUCCCUGUGGCCUUGUCAUCACCCAAGAAUCUGAAGUUUACAAGAUGCGUCAGGAGAAACAGGAGUUGAAUGAGCCUCCAAAACAGUCCAUGUCAUUCCUGGUUUUGCAGGAAAUCCUGGAGUCUGAGGAAAAAGGGGAUCCCAGCAAGCCCUCAGGAUUCAGAUGUGUUAAAGCUCCUGUCACCAAAGUGGCUGCAUCAAUUGGAAAUGCUCAGAAGUUGCCCAUGUGUGACAAAUGUGGCACGGGCAUUGUCGGUGUGUUCGUGAAGCUGCGGGACCGUCACCGCCACACUGAAUGUUACGUGUGCACUGACUGUGGCACCAAUCUGAAACAGAAGGGCCAUUUCUUUGUGGAGGAUAAAAUCUACUGUGGAAAACAUGCCCGGGAGCGAGUCACACCACCUGAGGGCUAUGAUGUGGUCACUGUGUUCCCCAUGUGAUUCAGCAGAUCUGGACUGACCUCUGUUCUUUAACCAAGUUGUCUUCCAAAUGGUCUAGUUCUCUCCUCUCUUGAGAGUUCUGUGCUUCCCUUGGUUGUGCUCUGCUCAUUAAACACCAAGUCCCCCACUUUUGGCAACUGACUCACACUGGCUGUGUGACGGCUGCUUUUUACGAUUCAAGGAAAAUAGUUUUCGUUCUAUGUCACCUUGCUAGUAUCACUGUGUAUUUCCUCACCUCAAUUCUUCUCUGCUGCAAAUGGACUUCAGGCAGUUUUGAACCAAACCAAAUUUAGUGAGU